CAGCAAAGAAGGGAGAUGGGAGGGAAGAGAAAAAUACGUGACAAAGAAAACAUUCUCUGCCUGGGAGGAGACUCUCAGAGGGUGUAGAGCUGGAGGGAGCAUUCACUGGUCAUGCCAGUACUUAGUGAUGCUGAGUCAGAAACAGGUAUCCCAAAAUCCCUUUCCAAUGAGCCUCCCUCAGAAACCAUGGAGGAAAUAGAGCACACAUGCCCACAGCCUCGACUGACGCUGACUGCACCAGCCCCAUUUGCAGAUGAAUCCAGCUGCCAGUGCCAGGCACCCCAUGAAAAACUAACCAUUGCUCAGGCUCGCUUAGGAACACCAGUUGACAGACCUGUCAGAGUAUAUGCCGAUGGAAUAUUUGACCUUUUCCACUCGGGUCAUGCCAGGGCACUUAUGCAAGCAAAGACCCUGUUUCCUAACAGCUACUUGUUGGUAGGAGUUUGCAGUGAUGAUCUUACCCAUAAAUUCAAAGGUUUUACUGUGAUGAAUGAAGCAGAAAGGUAUGAAGCUCUCAGACACUGUCGCUAUGUGGAUGAAGUCAUCAGAGAUGCCCCCUGGACUCUCACACCAGAGUUUCUGGAAAAACACAAGAUUGACUUUGUGGCUCAUGAUGACAUUCCGUAUUCUUCUGCUGGUUCUGAUGAUGUUUAUAAGCAUAUCAAGGAGGCAGGAAUGUUUGUUCCAACACAGAGAACAGAAGGCAUCUCAACAUCCGACAUCAUCACUAGAAUUGUCCGCGACUAUGAUGUUUAUGCCAGACGCAACCUCCAGAGAGGAUACACAGCCAAGGAACUGAAUGUCAGCUUCAUAAAUGAGAAGAAGUAUCGUUUCCAGAACCAGGUGGACAAGAUGAAGGAAAAGGUCAAGAAUGUGGAGGAAAGAUCAAAGGAAUUUGUUAACAGAGUAGAAGAAAAGAGUCAUGAUCUAAUUCAAAAGUGGGAAGAGAAGUCGAGAGAAUUCAUUGGCAACUUCCUAGAACUGUUUGGACCUGAUGGAGCAUGGGGUUUCAGAACGAUGUCACUGCCAAGAAGCUCUCAGAUUGGAAUCCAAGGCCUGAAGGUUUCUCCACCAGGAAUGAACUUCACCUACAGCCUAACAUGCUCUUGGCUGUACCUUCUCAUCAUUGGUGUGACUUCGUCGCUUUCCAGAAAUUACCUUCAUUGGUGGGAACUGCUACAAGGAAAACCAUUUUGUCUUUAACAAACCAACCAACCCAGGAUUUUGCUUUGCUUUGACACCAAGUGUGGCAUAUGACAAAUGUCUGAAGCUUCUCCUUCAAGGAUGCUAUUAUGGAAUGGCUCUUUCCAUUUCUGACCAGUCUGUUUCAUAGACCUUGAGUAACAGUUUGAUGUACCAAACAUAGCAUAAAGAUAGGGGGUGCUACCUGCACGUAUCUGUUCUAUGUAUGCUCCAAAUAUACUACCCUAAGGUGAAUACCAUAUGCAAUAUGAAUAUAUGGUGGAGACAUUUUUCUGUAUACUUCUCUCCUGCUCUCCACUGUAGUGUCCUGCUGAAACCCUGUAUGUAAAGAAUCCGCUGGUCCUCUUAUGACUUGGACAUUUUGUCAAAAGCUCAUUUUAGAUUUCUGUAGGAGUGUUUUGUCCCAACCAGAAAAUGACUGUUGUUCUCAUGGCCCUCCACAACAUUUUUCUGGAGUGAAGAGAGGCUCUGGAUAGCUUUGCAAGGAACUGUAGAUUUAGUUCUUUGAACGGUUUAGGUAGUAGUGUGGUUUUUUUGCUUCUUUGUUUCUGGCCUUAAGUUUGCUGAUGGGAUGAAGACCCUAAGCUUCCCACAGAAACUGCCUGACGUUACAGCUCCCUCAGUGUGUACAGGGGAUGAGCAGGCCCAGUCAAGAUUGAGACUCUUGGGUAGAAGGAGCUAUUGCCUGGUUAUCCUGCUAUGUCAGACAGAGCUAGGGCCUGACAGAGCAGAGGCCUCACCCAGAAACUUGUGGAAAGAGCUCAUGACCUCUUAUAACAGAAGCAUCCCUUUUCAGAGGCCUUGGGAACAAGUUUUCUGGGGACAACCAAUGAAGGAAAGUGGUAUGUCUUGUCUUUCCUCUUUGUGUUGAAGUCUACCUCCCUUCCCACCUGGAAAUGAGUAGUAUUUGUUGGAAAGCAAGACUAUGGGAUAAAACUGGCUUGGAAUCCCUUUGUUCAAGGUUCUUUCCCCAGAGCUCUGUAAAGCACUCCUGCAGGACAGAUGACUGGCAGGAACAUGGCCUGUGAGAAGAAAGUUCUUUCAAGACUCUCCAGAGAGAGGCAAGGGCUCCAUUCUUCACCUUGCUUCCUUGUCCUCUUCUGUCCACAGGCUGUGCAUGUUCACCUGAUUGGUACUUGUGACAGUGAAAGAAGACCAGGUAGCCAAGGGGAAGUAGUAAGAAAAAAAGAAGCUCCCGAUGAGAGGAUAGGUAGUGAAAGACAA